GGGAAAGGUCGAAAGCGUUUUUACUGCUCGAUGGGGACAGGCAAUAGUCACAUGGACAUCUUCAAAGAAAUCUGAAAGGAACAUCACAUUCACAACUUUCUGGAAAGAUCAAGCUUCUAGAAAGAACAUGUCUUAGCCUAGAAGUGAACCCGCCCAGUACAAAGUUUGAAAAAACACAUGAACAUAAUCAUCAUGACCGUGAUCCGCUACAGCACGCAGCUGAGGUUCUCCUCCUUGCUCUACCCUAGACCCUUCUCCUUCUUUUCCCUCUCCCUGAUAUGGAGCACCUCCUCGCACGCCCUGAUGAAGCAGAAGGAUUGGUCAGAUGACUUGUUCUCACGAACAGAACUGCGAAAUGAGGACCUAAAAACCUUACUACUAGGGGAUCCAGCCGUAAGAGGUCCUGCGAGUGAGACGUUACGCGAUAUUGUUGCGCACUUACUGCAUGACCAUGGCGCAGAAAUCGCUAAAAGCGUAUCGAAAUACGUGGAAAGUGCCCAUGAAAUCGAGAGGAUACGAGAUAAUUUGUUAUGAUCAUCUUCUUGGUUCCUACUAAUAACUCCUAGUACUAACCAGAUAAUUUGUUCCGACUGAUCAUGUUCUUGGAAGUUAGAAUAGUCAACAUAGAUCAAAGAGAAACAGUCUUUUUGCGUGGUGUUUGUAGUUGGUCUCCAUCUUUCUCCUAAUAAUUAGGAUCUCAAGAUUAUAGCACUUGAUCUCCCAGUGCCAGUCACCCUGUCGUUUACAACUACCUGAAUGACUACAAAAUCUACCCACAAUUUCUUCUAAUGCCCCUAGCCCUAUUGGGUGAACGACUCUCUGCUGAUUCACCGCUGAACGAAGCUGUCCAGGACUGGAUUUAUACCUUGGAAAAGACAGCUGCAGCACAAUUCGUGGACACGAAAUCAGGCUCUACUGGAGGUCCACCAAGAAGUAGUAGCAGUACUAGUAGCGGUGUUACGCGCGGUUCGGCUUCGGGUUUUACUGAGACAGACAUGAAGCAUGCCGUAGCGCCAACUACUGAUCAAGGUGUUGUUGUAGCAUCUUCCGCCAAUGGUGGCAUUGAGACGACCAGGGAAGCCUCGACUGAUCAUGCCGUAGCUUCUUCGAGUACCAGCGGAGGCGUUCUUGAGACGGAUACAAAAGUACCUGCUGAACAGCAACAUGUUGUGGCAUCUUCUCCUAUCACGACUGGGAAUACUCAGACGACGACAGAUCAUAACGACGGAUCAGCAAAGACUCAAGGUCCGACAUCAAGUAGUGCUAUAAUAUCAACCUCUGCUGGUCGUGAAGAGAGUAGUUCUUCAUUCGGCAGUUCCACCGCAGUUGACGUUUCUGCAAAGCAGAAUGAAGGCAAAACAUCCAGUACACCAGAAAUACAACAGAGUGCCCUCUUCGUCGAGGAGAAAAGGAGUAAAACAUCGACAACAAUCGUCGAAGAUGAAACAAGAACGUCUACGGCGAUCAAGAACGCGAAAAGCAAUGUUGUCGAAAUGAACAGCCGAAAGAAGAGCAAUAAGAUGUUGCGACGAGCGAAUGACUAAAAAUAUUACAGAACUGCUAUUUGUUAUUUCGAGUACGGAUGAAAUUACGAAAAUGAAUCACAUGUACAGAAUUGUUUAUCGACGAUCAGACUUCUUAGGCAAAUGAAAAGGACUAGACUAAUGUAAAUGAUGUAUCUGAGUAGGUGAACCAUGAACCAAGACUACAUGAAGAUGCAGAAGCAGCGUUUGCUAUCAAAGUCGGAUUGCAGCAGCAGCACAAA